AUGAACUUCGACGGCGGCUCAGUGAUUCCCGGUGCCGCUAAAGAAACACUCAAUGCGGAACCUCAGUUUCAUAAGCUUUACUUUAAUAGUUUUGUAUGCGUAGAGAGAGUGGUGGUCCAGAGCGAAAAGCCGGUCACAACUACUAGAUUUGAGGUUUCAAUCUACGACCACAAGGACUAUCUGGUAUUGAAGACUAAUGGACUGCUGCGUGACCACUACGUGACUUCCACAGAGGCUCAUGUUAGGGCUUUAAUGCGUGGCCUAGAAGAAACCACUAAACUAGGGAUCAAUCACGUUUCUAUAUACUGCCGUCUCCCUCAGAUUUUCAAAUACCUAUCGAAUAUAUCGAAUCCCAAAGAGAAAAAGAUUGCUUUGCUGAUGGAUGAUGUGAGAGUUAUGAGGAAGCAAUUCAUGUCUUGCAAUCUUGUUAAGAUGUUCGAUGAGAGUACUACCAAUCAUAGGGGAUUCGCUAAAAAAGAGACUUGCCAAAUCUGUUUCGACGACGUUGAUCAUGAUCUAAUGUUCUCUGCUUGUGUACACGGCCAUAGAUUUUGCUUAGCUUGUGUGAAAUCACAUAUCGAAGUGAAGCUUCUUGAUCGAAAGAUACCGACAUGUCCUCAGCAUCUCUGCAAGUCUCACCUAUAUAUGGAUAGAUGUGGCGAGAUAUUGAAUGAAAAGCUGCGUUUGAUGUGGAAGCCGAUGACUAGGGAGUAUUCAAUUCCUUAUAACCAGAGAAUUUGGACGUAGGACAUGCUUCAACUGCGGUGGCGAC